AUGGAGACUGCGGCGGCUGAGGAGGCCACUACUACUCUCCAAAUUACAUUACAUUAUCAUCAACAGAACUCCACCAGCCCGCAUUACAACUAUACUAUACAGGUUAGGUUAAGUUUCACGUACGCUCAGACGAUCUCCCAUGCACGUCAAGACGUGCGUAUUAGGGAGACCGCCACCGGGGCCCGCAUUUUGGAGGUCCCGGACGCCGCCAGCGACGAAAAGGCAGACCGCUUGGCCUCCAGGCUCCGGGAAGUGUUAGGCGACGACGUUGCGGUCGCACGGCCCACAAAAUGCGUGGAGCUGCGCAUCUCCGACCUCGACGACUCCGUUCGGGUGGGCGCCAUCGCUACCGGAGCGGACGGCCGCGGGGCAGUCGUCGUACGCUGCCCCAUCGUCGUCGCCAAGGCGGUGGUCGCCACAAAGUUCCGGGUGGGGUGGAGCACUGCACACGUCAGAGUGCUUGAACCGUUGCCCAUGCGGUGCUAUCGCUGCAUGGGCAUCGCUCACGUAGGACGUCGCUGCCCAGUGAGCUUGAACCGGAGCAAUUUGUGCUACCGGUGCGGCAAGCCAGGUCACCGGGCGGCUGGAUGUCAGGCGGAGCCAAAGUGCGCCGUCUGCGCCGAUCUUGGUCGGCCGGCGGCGCACAUAAUGGGAGAGAAGGCGUGUCGCCCUCCCCCAAUGAAGGCUAAGGAGACCCCAGUAGCCAGGCCUCCACCGCAGCAACGGUACCUACGGCUGCGCCAGUGGAGGAAGUUGAGAUGUCUAUUGAUGGACAGGCUUGAACUCAACUUCCUCCAGGUGAACCCGAACCACUGCGCCAGAGCACAGGACUUGUUCGUGCAGUCCAUGCCUCAGUGGUCAGUGGACGUUGCGGUAGCCGCGGACCCGUACUACGUUCCCAGGCAUUCCAACUGGGCUGGGGACAUGGACGGUGUCGUGGUUAUCGUCACGCCGUCGGCGGCUCCCCCUCUCGUCGUAAAAGAGAGGGGGGCCGGUUACGUGGUGGCAGUGUGCGGAGGAGGGGUGGCGGUAGUGGGCGUUUAUUUUUCGCUCAACCGCCCAAUGGCCGAGUUUGAGCCGUUCUUGUUGAGGCUCAGCUCGGUCGUGAGGAGGCUCGCCCCGGCGAAUAUUUUGGUAAUGGGCGACCUCAAUGCCAAAUCGGCGGCUUGGGGCAGCUGCUUGCCCAACGCCAAGGGGCGAGCGGUGCAGGCGUGGGUGACGGCCAACGGCCUGGUCGUCGCCAACCGCGACACAGCCAACACCUGCGUGAGGAGGUGGGGGGGUUCCAUCGUGGACAUAACGUUCGCGACCCCCACCCUAGCCUCACAAGUGCAGGACUGGCGGGUGCUGGAGGGGGAGGAGACCCUUUCGGACCACGUAUACAUAAGGUUCAGGGUCUCCUCCUCGCAGGCGUCAACGACGACGCCUGCACGGCGAGGGCGAGGGCGAGAGGGGUUUCUCCGUUGGGCCCUCGCCAAAUUCGAUGCCGAAAGGACAACGGAGGCGGCUAUCGUGGCCGCAUGGGGCGCUUCCCCCCAAGUGGGUUCGAAUGAGAUGGCAGUCGGGUUCAGAAGGAAUCUGACUGCCAUCUGCGAUGCCGCAAUGCCCCGUAGCGGCGGCAGGCCUCCCAAGAAGAGGGAGGUCUACUGGUGGACGCACGAGCUCGCGCUUCUGCGAUCCGCCAGCAACACCGCGCGGUUUAGAUGA